AUGGCUUCCUCGUCACCCUCAUCCUCCGUCUUUGACAUCCGCGAGCAUACCAUCCAGGCGUCGCACAUUCGGGAAUACCCGCGCGCAACGGCGGUCUCACAGGACGAACCGCUUCUGCUUCACGUCAAGCAAUACACGCCCAAAAACGGUGGUCCUCCGCGCAAAGGUGACAUUACCAUUGUGGGUGCGCACGCAAAUGGCUUUCCAAAGGCCAGAGUGGCGUCCUCAAUGUCGCGAACCUGGGCAAUGAUCGUACGGCUCUCUCUCUCUGUCUUUCUCACAUCUCAUCUCAUCUCACAUGCCAACUGGCUCGACUAUUCCCGUGACAUCCUCCACCUCAUCAACACCUUCCGCAUGCCCCGGCCCAUCAUCGCCAUGGGCCACUCCUUUGGCGCAAACGCCCUCACAAACGUCGCCCUCAUGCACCCGCGCCUCUUCACCGGAAUGGUCAUGCUCGACCCCGUUAUUGCUCGCUUCACAUCCCCCAAACCGCUCCCCAGCUCGCCACAAACGUACUAUGGGCCCGCGUCCCUCAGUGCUACGCGCCGCGACACCUGGCCUUCGCGUGCUGCCGCCGCCGCCUCGUUCCGCUCUAAGCCCUUCUAUCAGGCCUGGGAUCCACGAGUGCUUGAUCUCUUCAUCCGCUAUGGCCUGCGCGAGGUCCCAUCUACCUCCAAUUCUCAGCAGGACGAAUCCCAAACCCCUGUUCGUCUCACCACAACCAAGCACCAAGAAGUCUUCACCUUUGUCCGACCCAUCUGGCCCGCCCUCGAUCCAGUCAGCAAACUCAUCACCCACAAAUCUCGCGCCCCCGAUAGCGACCUCGACCCAGAGACUCCUACUCAAUUCCCCUUCUACCGCUCCGAGGGGAACAACACUGUAGCCCGUCUCCCCAAUAUCCGCCCCCCAGUCCUCUACAUCUUCGGCGCUAAAAGCAACGUCUCUCCUGCUCAUCUAAUCCGCGAGAAGCUCGAAAAGACGGGUACCGGCGUCGGCGGCAGUGGAGGCGCCAAAGCCGGCCGCGUAAAGGGGGUCACGCACCCUGAGAGUGGUCACCUCGUUCCCCUAGAGGAGCCCGUGUUCUGCGCAAAGGCUGCCGCCGAAUGGACCAAGACGGAGAUGGACAAGUGGUGGGAGGAGGAGAAAGAGUAUGAAGAAUGGGCGAAGAAGCCUUUGGAAGAGAAGGCGACGGUAGACGACGAGUUUAUGAAGCGCCUUGGAGCACCGAAUCGUAAGAGCGACAAGACGAAAGCGAAUUUGUAG